GGUUUCGGGAACGAGUCGUCUGCAGUCACUGGUUCGUAGUUCGCGAGAAGUCGAGAGAGUAGGCAGAGGGGGAAUCACGCUCGCAGGAUAAUGAAGGCCGACCGUUUUAGGGGUUUGAGAUAACGUCUUCAACAAGCCACCGUUUAAAGUGUCAGGGUUUUGCCAUCCAUCCCCACCCCCCUCCCCAACAUGUCUAGAAGAAGAAGGUGGUCCAAGGGCUCUGGGAGGGGAUCAUCAUUUCCCGGCCCAGACCUCAGCGAGCCUCCUCAGGGUCAGGGCAUCCAUGUUUACCUUUUCUGGACCAAAGGAGGGGAGCGUUAUUUGUCUCACACAAACGGAGAGAUCACGGCGGAGGAGCUGUGCAUCUCAGCUGCAGAGGCUGUAGGGAUAACACCUCUGUGCCAUGUGUUGUUUGCGCUGUACAAUCCAAUAGAGCGCUGCUGGUACAGUCCGAACCACAUUUUCAAACAAGAGGAGAACUCCAGCCUCAUUCUCUACUACUGUAUGAGGUUUUACUUUCGGAAUUGGCAUGGACUGAAUGAGAAGGAGCCAACUGUGUCCCGCUAUGCUUUCAAAUCUGGGACACAACAGGGUGGCUCCCCUCUGCUUGAAAUACAGUCUUUGGAGUAUUUAUUUUCCCAGGCUAAAUAUGAAUUUGUAAACGAAGUGGUGCAAGUCGAAGACGUGGAGUCCGAAGAGGAUCUGAGUCGCUUCAAGAAUGAGAGCUUGGGAAUGGCUGUGCUUCAGCUGUCAUACCAGGCCAUGCAAACAAAUUCAACCUUACAGGACGUAGCUGGAAAAAACAGCUUCCUACAGUGCAUCCCAAGGUCAUUUGCCAAACAAAUAUCCAAAGACAACUUCCUGACUAAACUCAGGAUCCAGCGGGUGUUCGCAGACUUUGUGCGGACCUUCCAGCAGCACACGGUGGAUAAGGGCCGACUGGGACCCCAGGAGAUCAUGUAUAAGUACAUCUCCACUCUCGAACACUUGGCGCCAAGUUUUGGCACGGAGACCUUCCCCGUGAUCCACCUCGAACUGAGGCGCGACGGGGAUGGAAGCAGCUCGUACUCCAACACCACCCAUGCCCAGGGGGUCUCAAAAGACUACAGCGCUCCCGCUACACACGAAAUAAUGGUGUCGGGCACCCAGGGGAUUCAGUGGAGGAAGGUGUCUCUUCAGAAGGCGCAGGCGAACUCUUACUUCUCGAACGACUACAUGAAUUACAUGAAGAAAGCGAAGCAGCCCUCCAGCCAACCGACAGCGAACACUCCCAAUAAAUGGACGUCCUUCUGCGAUUUCCCUGAAAUAACGCACAUAGCAAUUACUGACGCUAAUGUGUGCAUUAGCACUCAGGACAAUGACUGCAUGGAGGUUCAGAUGAACUCCAGCCAGGAGGCCCGUUCCUUCAUCUCUCUUCUAGAUGGAUACUACCGACUGACUGCAGACGCCCACCACUAUCUUUGUUGUGAAGUGGCUCCCCCAAGGGUAGUGCUGAGUGAAGCAAAUCUACUGCAUGGACCUAUGCAUGAAGAUUUCGUGCUACUUAAGCUGAAAAAGGAGGCAGCAGAGGAGGGAGCUUUCCUCGUCCGCUGGAGCGCUCUCGACUAUCGCCGCAUCAUCCUGACUGUGCUGAACAAAAAUGGGAAUGGUUCAACACCGAACCACAAGCAGUUUCGCAUUCAGCAGAAGGGUUCGGUGUUCUGUCUAGAGGGCUGGGACCAAGAGUUCUCCAGUGUGAAGGAGCUGGCAGAACGCCUCAAGACCUUCGUGCUCAAGUCUGGUCCGGACAGUUUUACUGUCAAAAAAUGCUGUUUACCACGUCAAGGAGAGAUUUCCAACCUUCUGGUUUGGAGGCAAAGCGGCGAACGCUGCACUAAUCCCGGACCUCUAAACUUGAGCGAUCUGCGCUUCAAUCCGAUUAAAGAAAAAGACAUCAAGCAGGAACAGCAUUUGGGCCGUGGCACCAGAACCAACAUCUUCCUGGGACGACUGCUAGUACGGGGGGGAGAAGAGAACGACGACGUCGAGUUCAACAACAACCAGUCUGACGGCAAGGGCAUCCGCGUGGUCCUCAAGAUUCUAGACCAAAGCCAUAAAGACAUCACUUUCGCUUUUUUCGAAACUGCGAGCCUGAUGAGCCAGGUAUCCCACAGUCACCUGGUGUUUGUGCACGGCGUCUCUAUAAAAGGAUCCGAGGACGUCAUGGUGGAAGAAUAUGUGGAAUUCGGGCCUUUGGAUGUAUUCCUCCGCAAAGAGAAGGAAUCUGUGACUCCUCAGUGGAAAUUCAUCGUUGCAAAACAGCUUGCCAGCGCUCUCAGUUAUCUUGAAAACAAGGGGCUCGUCCACGGCAACGUCUGCGCCAAGAACAUCCUGGUGGUGAGACGCGGCCUGGAGCAUGGCACUACACCUUUCGUCAAGCUGAGCGAUCCAGGAAUCCCCCUGAGUGUCCUGUCACGGGAAGAGCGUCUCGAGCGCAUCCCGUGGAUUGCCCCAGAGUGCGUUGACAGCGGCGCACCCAUUGGCAACGCUGCCGACCAGUGGAGCUUUGGAGUCACGCUGCUCGAAAUCUGCAACAACGGCGACCUUCCCAUGGGCGCCGCCACGUUGUCCGAGAAAGAGCGCUUUUAUCAGCAAAAGGGACGCUUAGCCGAGCCGUCCUCCCAGGAGCUGGCCAAGUUCAUCAACAUGUGUUUGACCUACGAGCCGGAGCAAAGGCCGCAGUUCCGCAGUGUGCUGAGAACGCUCACAGAGAUCAUGAUAAAAGAUCCGGAUAUAUCUCCCAGCGAAACUCUCACGGACACAGAUCCCAGCAUAUUCCAUAAACGCUACCUGAAAAUGAUGCGGAUCUUAGGCGAAGGACACUUCGGAAAGGUGAUCCUCUACUUGUAUGACCCGGCCAACGAUGGCACAGGAGAGCACGUGGCAGUGAAGUCUUUGAAGCAGGAGAAUGGUCAGGUGCCUGACGGCUGGAUGAAGGAGAUCGAGAUCCUGAAAUCUCUUUAUCACAGAAACAUUGUCAAGUACAAGGGCUGCUGCACGGAAGUGGGAGGGCAAAUGGUGCAGCUGAUAAUGGAGUACCUACCUCUGGGGAGCCUCAAAGACUACCUUCCCAGUCGUAAGCUUGGUGUGUCCCAGUGCCUUAAGUUUGCCCAGCAGAUCUGUCAGGGAAUGGAGUACUUGCACUCACAGCGAUAUAUCCAUCGAGAUCUGGCUGCCCGCAAUGUCUUGGUGGAAAAUGACAAUCUGGUAAAGAUUGGGGACUUCGGCUUGGCGAAAUACAUUCCCGAAGAUAAUAUCUACUAUCGUGUCCGCGAGGACGGGGACAGUCCGGUGUACUGGUAUGCCAUUGAGUGCUUGAAGGAGGGUAAAUUUUCAUUUUCCUCAGACGUUUGGUCCUUUGGAGUAACGCUGUAUGAGAUCCUGACUCGCUGUGACCAUCGCCAGACUCCUCCGAUAAAGUAUGCUGAAAUGAAGGAUACCAGUAAUGAACAGAUGACUGUGAUGGUCCUCAUAAGACUGCUGGUGGAGAAAAACAGGCGGUUACCCUGUCCCAGGGAGUGCCCGCAUGAGGUGCAGAAGUUAAUGGAGCAGUGCUGGGAAGCAAAUCCUGCAGAUCGGCCGACGUUCGAUUCUCUCAUCAAAGACUUUGAGGUUAUUCUCCGAUCAUACAACUACCCGCCGAACAUAAACUUUUCCUUGGCUCAGAUUUGCUGAUCAGGCGUGAGGACACACUUGACUACACGUCAAGUCAUUUUGCCACUGUAGCAACCCUAUAUGACCAGGUAGCUAAUAAUGUGUUUUCUCGUGCGCAAUUCCUGCUCUGUAUUUACAGAGAUGUAUUUAGAGGCUUUCCUGAUAAAAGUUCAUUGGUAUCAUCUCACAUAAUAAAGGCACUGUUUUUGUUUUGUUUUUUUAAUUUAUUUUUUUAUUUUCAUUUAUUCCCCUGACUGGGUUCUGUGGGAUAGUGAUGUAGCCAGUCAGAGUGGAAUCUUUUGUCAAAAAAAUUAUAGCUUUGUAUCAAUACCAGUAAGUACUAAGAACUUCUAUAUGUUGAUGGAUUACUGUAUUUUAAUUUUUUUGUGUACAUUUUUUUUGGGUGGGGAUACUUUCCAUAAUUUUAUCUAAUAACCCAUUUUCCAUAAUGCAAAUUCCUUGAUCAGUGUAUGUGUAUCAGAAAUUACAUAAAAAUGCAUUACCUUAAUCUGUUAAGAGUUUAUCGUUUAUUGUAUAUUGUUUAUCUCUCAUAUUUCUAUUUUGUAUAUAGCUGCUGGAAAUACAAUUUCCCUGAGGGAGUCAUUUCAAAGGGAUCAAUAAAGUUGAGUCUAAGUCUGA